UACUGUGAUUAUAGAUUGUGAUGUUGUUUCAUACGGUCAUACACUUGGUAGAACAUUACCUGCGAGACUUGUAAAAAUCCUCCGUUCACUGUGAAGAUAAACCCUAAAAAUACACCUGCCUUAAUCUUCUUACAGGUCCUGUGCUGCUUGAUGGACGACACACACACAUGCAGAGUGAUCCUUAAGAGCAGCCUAAUUCCUGGCAUCAUAUCCAUCCAGGGUCUGCUCUUAUGGUUUCUCGUUUGGAGGGGCUGUGCAGCCUGGACUGUCUGGACAAGAUGAGCUCGUCCAGCCGCCUCAGCCUCAACAGCCUUGGAAGGAUAUGCGGAAGUGGCCAAAGCAACGACAUGGUGGUCCUGGACCGGGUCAAGAGGAAGAACUCGGUCAGACGCAUGUCCAUCAUCGAGGACGGUCAGAUAGCAGAAGUGCUCUACUUGAUCCCCAAGCAGUGCGUGAUGGAUCAGCUGCCUUUCCUGAACCCCAAUGACUAUGUUCUGUGUGAGAAGCUGGCGGCCAUACCGGCGGAUGUGUCAGUGGUUCACACUCACCCUCCUGCAGUCAAGCAGGUCAUCAGAUGCGUCAAAUGCGGAGAGGUCUGCAAAGGGGAGGUGCUGCGAGUCCAGUCCAAUCACUUCCACAUCAAGUGCUUCACCUGCAAGGUGUGCGGCUGCGACUUAGCCCGGUCUGGCUUCUUUAUAAAAAACGGAGACUGCCUCUGUCCGCUAGACUACCAGAGGCUUCAUGGCACCAUCUGCAACAGCUGCGGGGGAUUUGUAGAGGGGGACGUUGUCGCCGUUUUGGGCAAGACUUAUCACCCGACCUGCUUUGUGUGCACCAUUUGCAAGCAACCAUUUCCUGCUGGUGAUUGUGUCACUUUCAGUGGAAAAGAGUGCAUCUGUCAGCGGUGUGUGAGCCCGCUGACGCCUCCACCAACCGGCAUUAGAUACUCCAACAACUGCAACGGCUGUGGUCGUGACAUCAAGAACGGUCAAGCUUUGUUAGCAUUGGGCAGUCAAUGGCACCUCGGCUGCUUCAAGUGCAACAUCUGCAAAAAAAUGCUGAGUGGAGAGUACAUUAGCAAGGAUGGUGUUCCAUAUUGUGAAAAGGACUACCAGCUUCAGUUUGGGGUGCAGUGUGACUCAUGUCAGAAGUUCAUAACAGGGAAAGUUCUUGAGGCAGGGGACAAACACUAUCACCCGGAAUGUGCGCGAUGCAGCCGAUGUGACAAAAUGUUCUCAGAGGGCGAGGAAAUGUAUUUGCAAGGUUCAGCCGUGUGGCACCCGGACUGCAGAGAAAGAAGCAGAAAUCAUGACAGCAACAGAUCGACUUUGACGUCUUCUGAAAGCUCCUGCUCCAGACCUGGCUCAUGUACACCUGGAAGCCCCGGUCGCUCAAUUUGUGCUAAAGUAGAUGAUGAGAUCAUUGAUUACCGAGACUUAGCAGCGAUUCCCAAGGUCAAGGCUAUUUAUGACAUAGAGCAUCCUGAUAUGAUGUCCUAUAAGAGUGAAAGCAUCGCCUCUGCUGCUUUGGAAAGCAGAGGCCAAACACAGGAAAGACAAAAGUCAGCAGAGUCUCUGGCAAAUGUAUCUGAAACCACAGAGGAAAGUUACGAGUUGAGAAAAUGCAUUCCCAAAUCGGCGAGCCACGGAUCCUUCGGCAUUCAGUCGUACAGUCGUCACAGUUACACGCCGACUCGUUCACCACAGCACUUCCACCGACCGGGCUCUUUAUUUUCUACCAACGACACCUUGCUCACUCCCUCUUCCUGUCACCGCUUAUCCCCUGACACCAGAGAUCAAGGUUUCAACAUGUACAGAAAACCUCCAAUUUUCAAGCAGCAAGAUUCAAACUCCAGCCAAACUUCCUCUUUGCCAGGAUAUGGUUGCAACGGCCUCAGUCCGCCUCAAUCUGCUGAAUUCCUCCGGAGCAGCGGGGACACAUUAAGAGAUUUUAAGGUAUGCGAAAGGAUUUGUCAGGAGUCGAGUUCAAGACACUUUCUUGUUUGUUCUACGCAAUCAGUUCAAAAAGCAAGCAUAUAUUUGCAGUUAUUCAUCUGCCGGUGACAUGAUUGCAUCUUUAUUAACCAAACAUCCUAAACUAAAAAUCUCAAUGUUGCUUGUAGUAAUUCUGAGCUUGAUUAACCAUAUUGCAAUCUCUUAUACUGCAAGUGUUUGCUUGUGUCUGUAGCUUCUC